AUUUAUUUUCGUCUGCAGACAGGUAUAAUUAUAAAACUAUUGUAACCUUUCUGUUUCAGUAUGUUAUAAAAUAAAUAGGUAAAGCGUAAAUUGUAUAAUUUCGUCGAGCCUCCAGUGUAACUGUAUAUGUCAUUAACACUAUGUCUAGACCACAAUUCCUGAGUAAAUUUGCAGAAGCUAAUCCUGAGAAAGUAAAGCGACUGGAAAAUGAAAUUCUCCGCAAUGUUGAUUACAGUCAAGAAGAUUCAGGAAAAGCAUAUUGCUUUACCAACACAUUUUCAUUUUUUCUCCAAGUGUUGCCGCCAUUACAUCGUAAAGAAUAUAAUUUUGUUGAACAUUGGAGUUCAGUGGUGUUUGACUGCGACAUGAGAGAUGACCUGGAAAGAAAUGGUGUCAUUAACUGGUGUCCAAAGGCCAGUCGCCUGUUUCCCAUCAAAGUUAAAAGUGAUGGGAACUGUUUAAUCCAUGCUAUCUGUACGGCGGUUUGGGGUAUUGAAGAUGUCGGGCUGAACGUCAGACGAUUGUUGGCAAUCACACUUCAGAGCGAUCCUCACCAGAGAUUCCAGACCCGGUGGAAGCAGUAUCAGAAAAAUCAAGACAGAGAAAUGUUUGACAGACCAAGUCUUAACACUGUUACUCUAGAUGACAAUCAAUGGGAGAGAGAGUGGGCACAGGUCCUUCACAGUGCCCGGGGCGACUCGGCAGCCACUACUGGUAUCGCGGCCAUGCCGUACACUCAGCUAGAAGCAGUCCAUGUAUAUGUCCUUGCCAACAUCUUCAAACGACCUAUCAUCCUUCUGGGCCGCGAUAGUAUCCACACAUUUAGUGGAUCCUCUCUGCAGGCUAACAAUCUGAUGGGCAUUUAUCUGCCAUUGGAAAGAGAUCCCAUCGAAUGUUGCCCCAUCCCAGUCAUCCUGGGUUUUAGCAUGAACCACUUCUGUCCCCUGCUGGGGCUCGACACGCAGUUUGAUGUCGGUACAAGCAAGUUGGACGACUAUCUUCCGUUGAUCUUGGCUAACAAUUCAGCUCUGCCAGUCCGAUUCCUAAUGGAUGCAGGUGAAGAAAGACGUGCUAACGAUCUUUUGAAAAAGUAUUUAAAACUGAAAGAGUUUAAAAGUAAUAUUGGAACACAUGUUGGAGCUGUGAUAGACUAUAAACCAAUGCCACCACCUCUGAAUUUGUUGCAAGAUUACAAGGCCAACUUUGAGAGGCUGUACAGAGAGUACUACUCUCAGCCUCUGGAAGCAAAUAUUAGAGCUGAACGUCCACCAGUUCAAGCAAGAUACCAGUAUGGCAACCAGCAGUCUGGGUCGUCACAGUUGAAUGCUCAACAGCCGGUAGGCAGUGUGCCACCAUCAACGAGACCAGCUGCAGCAGAUCCCAUGAUGCAGGAGGCAAGUAAUGUGUUCACACCAGUACCGUGUAAGACUCCUAACUGUGAAUUCUUUGGCAACCCUGCCCAGGGAGGAAUGUGCACACAAUGCCUCCAGCAACAUUUGAAGUCUGAAAGUAGUCGGUUGCAGUCACAGGUUCCUGAGGCUAUGGCAGCAGAACCCUCAGCCCCUCCACCGUCGAUGCCUCUCGAGUCUACACACCCCAAUGUGUCUCUAAUGGGGGAGUUGUGUCAUGGAAAGUGUGGAUAUAGAUGCUCCAGCAAGACCUUUCCAUACUGUCAUAAAUGUGCAGAGAAGAACAGAAGAGAAGCAUUGAAGAAGAUGAAGAAUGAGCAGAGGGAUCCUGCGAGAGGUGGAAGCCCGCCCCGGCUGUCAUCCAUGGACAUUGAAGUCAACAUGAGAGCAGGUGCUGCAGAGACCAGCAAGGUGAAUGACAAGCACAUAGCAGAAAGUCAGGAGAGUGGCUUUUCACAAGGAGAGUUGUACGGAUUGGGAACUCAACUAAGUUCACCCAUGCAAGAGUCAUGCGCUGAGAUAUCGCCCAGUGAUAUUGCAUGCAUCACUCCUCAGUGUGCUAGGAAAGGAAAGGCCAAUCAAGGAAAUCGAUGUAACCAAUGCUUCGUAGAGAAUGCACCAGCCACUGUUACUGCUGCACAGCAUGCAUCACCCACUGUUACUGCUGCACAGCAUGCACAAAUAGCUCCAGCUAAGGUCAGCCCCAUGCCACAGAUGGAGCACACACCCAUAGCCGUAGAGUUAUCAUCGUACCUGCAGUCUGCAGCAGGAGGCUUCUCAAAGUGUGUCACACCAGAGUGUGUGAACCCCGGUUUCCCGGGCAAUUCUGGCUAUUGUACAAACUGUGCGAUAAAACUAAUUGAAGCCAAGCAAUACAAGCCCGCUGACGUGAAAAUAGAAAAGAAGAUUUGUUCUUCACCAGGAUGUGAGGGAAUGAGGCUGCAAGGCGAGAAGUGUGAGACAUGUUUCCAGCAACUCCACCGAAGGCCUCCGAGUCCCGUAGAAAACAUGGCCAUGGCGGAAGUGGGUGAAUCGAAUGAUCUUGAAACUGGCAUCAUUGAGUCUGGGACGCCGUCGGGAGUUUCUGUGGGCUGUGGGCGACAGGUGGUGUACCCAGAGGACAAGAAGAAGUGUGCCAGUCCGAUGUGCAGCACGAUGAUCUACCCACCAGCCAGUCUGUGUGAGGCGUGCCUCACCAUCCUCCGCUGCAACUCGUCCACACAGAGCAGAGUGCCAACCACCAGCUUGUCACAACCAGAGCAGCAGGGUAGACACACGGCCCCGAUCGGUAAAAGAUGCAUCAUGCCUGGCUGUGACAAGUUGGGAGACCCCAGUACUGCAGACAUGUGCAUCAGUUGCUAUGGCUAUCAGUUUGUGUCCAAUGUUGGCACAUCUGCACAGCCUCCUGUAGUAAACCGUGAGGAGCGACGCAGCUUCACAGCUCCCAUACUUGUGCCAGGGCCGAUACAACCACAAAGAUCGCAGUCCGCCCAACAUGGUAAGAAAUGCACCGUAACUAACUGCCAGAGAUACGGAGACCCUGCCACAGGUAACAUGUGCACAACCUGUUACCAUAAACACUUGUCCACACCUCCUGCACCAUUGUGGAUUGAACCGGCGGUGGGGGCGGCACCAGAGGGCUCGGACGACCGCUUCAACAAGAUGAUGACCAAAGUGGCGAACACGAGGAAAAUUCAGAAGAUCUGUAAGAAGUCAACCUGUGAUAAUUAUGGAAAUCCCACGAAGGAAGGCUUUUGUAACAGCUGUUACCCAGAGUACCAGAAAAUGAAAAACCGAAUGCUGUGGGCUGGUGAAGACAGAUGUGGGUAGUGUCAUAGCAGCUGAUAUGAAGCCUUAAAGAGUGCUGAGACAAUAUGAAACUAUAUGCUUACAAGAUGAACCAAUAUGUCCUUUGUAGGCCUCUGAAAACUGAACAUUUUGUGUAACCUUUUAAGGGUUAUGCAAAAACAUUUUGUUUUUGUGUAACUCAUCAUGACCAUGUAAAUGUCAUAAAUUCAAUGCGCGGAAAAAGAAAAAAUGGUUACACAAAACUAUACUUAAGUGAGCGACAUCGAAUGAAACUAUCGCUCUCACUAUUUUCAGAAGCCUUCUCUGACUAGUACGACUAGUACAUAGAACACCAAAGAAUGCUAAAACUGUAUGUUAUGGUUAGUGGACAUAGACUCAGUUAGUCUUGUAAUGUAGAACACCAAGUGCUGAAGAAUUAAAACAGUAAGCUGCAAUGUACUAAAACGGCUGUUACAAGAUAACGGGGAUGUACUGUCACGGCCAUACUUAGCCUAUUAUAACGGUGUGGGGGGGGGGGGGGGGUCAUAUGAUGAAUAUGGAUACAGUUAGAGAGGAGUUGCUGCAGUACAGCUACAUGUAGAUACAAGGGACACUUGUAAAUGUUUCAUGGCGGGGGGGGGGGGGGUGGACUGAUUGUCUUUGAUAAAAAUAGCAUUUUUAUUAUUAAAACAGAUAAUUAUACAAGAAUUUAAAACAAUUCCUACAUUUUUCAUUGAUGAUAUAAUUGAUGAAAAAGGCUUGAAUUAUUUUAAAUUCCUGUAUUAUUAAUUGAUUUGCUUAUAUUAUUUAUAAAUUAUUAGGUUCCUAGUAAAUGAUUGCUAGUUUUGUAUGCGAGAAAAAAUAUUUCUUGGUGAUUUAAUAAUUUUUGUGUUACCCCCACCGAAAGUAAUGAUGUUGUUUGAAAUGUUCUAACAAUACCUACGUUGUUUAUUUUAAUAAUGUACAUAAAUAUAGACAUCGGGAGAUAACAGGAACUGGAGGUGGGAGGCAGUAAUAUUGUACUUAUCUUUCAGGUGAUGAGAGUUGCUUCCCCCUCCACUUCCAACACCUACAAUGUAUGAUAAAACAUGAUUUAAUUUUAAAUAUUUAUGUGGAUAUUGAGUUGUUAUUUUAUAGAUAAUUUGUUCACUUAGUGCUUUAAAAUAAGGUGGUUAGAAUUGUAGAAUAGUUUAUUAUAAAAUCGCAUUACAAAAUGUGAACAUGUAUACUAUUUUAUUUUUAUUUUAUUUUGGUGUUUAUAUCCAAAGAAGUUUGAAACAUGCUGUCCUGAGCACACACUUGGGUACCUCAGCUAUCUGGGCUGUGUGUCCAGGUCUGGUUAAUGGCUAGUAAUGAGAAGAUGGUGGUGUGACCUAACAUUGAGCCAUUGAAGGUCACUCUAAGUGGGAGCCGGUACCAGGGUGUGAACCCAGUACCUACCAGCUUCAAGUCCAAUAGCUUAGCCUUUACACCACCGAGGUGAAGAACGUUUAGCAUCCUUAUCAACUGCUUUUUAAAAAAUAUUUCAACCUUCGAAUAGUUUGGAGUUGAAUCUCAAAAGCAGUUUUUUGUCCCCACAGUAUUUUAGUGUGGAGAGGCAUAUGUAAAACUAGUACAUUAUUCACCAUACUUGACACUUUAGGUUCUUUGCUAUUUCAGUACAUGUAUAAUUAACUUUCCAUUGCAUACAUGUAUUUAUGCUGGGAAUUUGUGAAAAAUAUAUGCCAAGAUGUAUAUAAUGAUUAUGUAUUAUUUUAUUUCACAAUUACAUAUAUUUGUAUAUUGUUAAAUAGCCAGUUGUUACUAUAGAUACAUGUAUUUGAACAUGUAUUAACAGUAUAUUAAUGUAAGUAAAAGAUCACAUUUGAAAAAGGUUGUUGACAUGAAUAUAAGAUUUUCCACCCAUUUUCUGGGAAUGUAUAUAUAUGGUACCUGUUUAAAGAAAAGUAAUGCAAAUAUUAUUUACAUAAUCCCUUGUAGUGUAAAUUAUCAUAAUACAAUAUUAAGUAAAACGAAAACAUUUUAAAUGUCCGAUUGAAAUAAAAUUGUAUAUUUUGUACCAUAAUGUUUAUAUGGUGGUUAACUUAUUGAAGCAGUUUUAAGUCUAAUCAAAAUUGAUAUUUUCGUUCUUGUUAAACAAAUUUAAAUCAAGUCAUAACACACUAGAAUAAAACUGAGUAGUAUGAUGUAACCUACCAAUACGUUAUGCUGAUUGCUGCUUAUUUCGAGGGCUGUUAAAACAACAUAUUAUUUUGUAUCUCACAUUUGUUGUGUUGCUUUGUAUACAUUGCAUUAAAUGAUCAAACAUGGACUUGUACCUGCUGUAUGUUUAGUAUAUUGUACAUUUGUAAUCAGACCGAUGUAUUUGUAUUACAUACCUAUUCAAUCUUACUAUAGUGACAGACAUUUUCAAACCGUGUGAUACAUUUAUCUUGUAUCACACAUAUGUGCUGUCUGGACUGGAACUUGUAAAUGGGGAAUUCCCUUUUUAUUUUUAAUGGAGUUAGCGCCUUUUUAUUACUGAUUAUGUCACAUCAUAUUUGAUUUCUUACACAAGAUUGCUGCAGAGUAUGAUUCAUAACGUUAAGUAAAUCCAUGAAAGGAGGAUUGAUUAAUAGAUUUGUGAAAUUAAAAAUCGUUUUUGUGAAAAAUAAAAGAAGGUAUGUAAUAAAUACAGAACCUCACAUACGUUGUUUUCGCUUCCUAUUUAUUGCACUCGUUCAUUUUCUGCAAGAAUAUACCACAAGUCUUGCGCAAAAUAAACUUGUGCAAUAAAUAUGAAACGAAACAACAUAUGUGCGGUUCUGUAUAUGCACUACACUUAUAUAAAGGUAAUUUUUCAGCAUUCACAAAUCAAAUCCAAUCUACUUUGUAAAAAUCAUUUUACACAAAAAAAAGACCGAAAUCAGAUAAAAAGCUGAAAAAUUCCCAUUCCUGAUUGAUAUCAUUUCUGUUGUUAUUGUUAGUGCUGUAGCAGAGUUUGACAAAUGUGUUGAAGUCUCUAGCCUUGACAUUGGCUACUGACCUAUGUGUUAUAGUUAUACAGUUGAUCAUUUCCAAUAGACCACAUCGCGAAGUCUCUAGCCUUGACAUUGGCUACUGACCUACGUGUUAUAGUAAUACAGUUGAUCAUGUCCAAUAGACCACAUCGCGAAGUCUCUAGCCGGGACUGACGACUGACAAAUGGUGAAAGAAAACACUGAAACAUAAGUACUGGAAGAUGCCAUAAACUGGAAGGUCCAAUAAUGUAUUAAUUCACCUUCCAAUGGGGUGUGGGACAAUGUAUUAUUGUCAGAGUUGGUCGAGGGUGGCAAUCCUCUCUUUCUGACACCUAGGUCCAGUUGUUUUGCUAAAUGAAAAGCUUGUAACCAAUUAAUGCUAAUCAUCAUUUGGUUCAAAGUAAUUAGUCGAAGCAUCUCAUCAGCACUACCUUAUUUUAUUUUAUUUAUUUAUUCACAUUCUAAAUUUUGCAUUAAUUGUACUGAGUAUUUUUUCACAUAUCCAAAAUAUUUGUUUUAUGUGUACAUGUACAAUUGAUUCUAUUAUAUUUUAUUUUUUUAAAGUGUGUUUUAAAAUGGUUUGUAUCAUGAAAUAUAGAUGUUUUUGUUGUUGGUUUAAACAAGGAAAUAAAAAAAGAGUAAAUGCAAGUUCAGAAUAAUGUAAGAAUUAUAUAGAAUUGAUAUACACACCCAUGAUUCUGUAUGGUGUUUAGGAGUGCGAACACUCGUCAUAUAACGAUAAUGAUGUACACAUACAAUAAAUCAAUAGUUUGCCUUCUUGAACACACUGUGGGUCUCAUUCAGUAUGUGCGUUAUGUUAUGUCAUAUUUUGUGUGUAUACAAAUAAAAGGUAUAUUACCCACA